CCUAAGGCCUUCCACACCUGCACUCCGACGCUCUCCCUGUCUCCCUCAUACACUGAUAACUUCUCAAACUUCUCAAGUGAUCUGGGAAGUGUUCUACAAGUGUUAACCAACAGUAAUCACGGAUAUAUCUCGUUAAGUGCUCAUAGUGUGUUAGGCGGCAGUUUUAUACAGUCAGUACUAAGUGAAUAAGGAACGUCCAGCAUCAUGGACCCCAGCAGCCACCGCCUCCUGCAGCAGGACGAGGGCCACGAGGUCAAACCCACACAUCACGACAAGGAAGAACACAAAAUGGUUGACGGUGAUCAACAAAAACAAGGAAGUGCUGAACGUGACGCGGGUGAAAGGAAGGCAUCAACUGAACGGAUCAAGUUCUCUACCGCUGUGGACACCUCUCCCUGCGGGGCCGUCGGGGUCAACAGAAGGCAAAGUUCUAUUCUCAGGAGGUCAAGUCUUCGAUUUAAGUCUGUCAAAGAGACGUCGGCCCCUCACGAGCGUCUUGUAAAGAAAGGAUCACAGGCCAACUUCGCCUCAAUGACCGGUGAUCCAACAGUAGCCAGGAAGGACUCCUCAACCAACGUCUUCUCUUUCCACGACCGUCAAUCUAAGAGACGCAACAGGAAAGCUUCACUAAUGAGCAUCACUGUGUCUCAAUGCUCAGACCCCGGCUUUGCCCGCCAGUUCACCCAGUUUGAGGAGACGCCGCCAGGAACACUCAAAGGAAAGCGAGACUCCAUAUGCAGCAGCACCACCUCUAUAAAGGGCCCACUGUUGAAACCCUCCAUCAUGGCUCAGGGGGAAAUGUUCUCUCAGACUCAGCGAACAAAACAGUGGUACAUGGCCAUCCACGCCUCUCACCCUGACGAGACUCUCCCCAUGUUGAAGAAGCCAGUCCUCUUCACUGACGAGGGAGGCAACUUGACCAAGGAAGCGAUGGCGUCAUGGAUGAAGGAGAACCUUCUGCUGGUGAUGACGAUCUUGGGCGUGGUAGUAGGCGUGGCCGCAGGAGCCUUUGCGCGCACCGUAGAGUACACGGCAGACACAGUGAUGCUCGUCUCUUUCCCCGGCGAGAUAAUGAUGAGGAUGCUGAAGAUGCUUAUCCUUCCUCUCAUUAUUUCUUCUAUUAUCACAGGAUUGUCGUGCCUGGACACCGGCUCGUCAGGGAAGAUGGGGUCUCGUGCACUCUGCUAUUACUUCAGCACCACCAUCUUAGCAGCGGGCCUGGGCAUCACCAUGGUUACCUCUAUCCACCCAGGGGACCCCUCUAUCCUGGUGGGGGGAUCACAGACCGUAAUGAAACCCACCGAGGAGCCACAAAUCAUUGAUGCUCUUCUUGAUAUUAUUAGAAACAUGUUCCCAGAUAACUUGGUGAUGGCCAGUUUCUCCUCAACCAAGACUGUGUAUAAGAAGGUUGAGCCGAGUCCGUACAAGGUCAACAAUACUCUGGAGGCGAUUAACGACACCAUGAGAGCCCUGAUGAUCAACGACACCUCCCUCAACGAGACCUCAGUCGAGGAUAAAUACGUUCGCUCCCUCACCAGCUCCGAGGGCACUAAUGUCAUGGGGAUGAUCGUGUUUUGCGUGGCGUUUGGCUCUCUGAUUGGUCGGAUGCCACAAGGUAAAUUAAUGGUUGACUUCUUCAUUAUCCUCAACGACGUCGUGAUGAAGAUGGUGGAGAUCAUUAUGUGGUACUCCCCCUUCGGUAUCAUGAGUCUGGUGAUUGGACAGAUCAUGAGCAUUGAAGACCUGCGGGAGACAGCACAGAUGUUGGGGCUGUACAUGCUGACGGUGAUCGGUGGGCUCUUCAUACACGCAGUCGUCACCCUCCCCACCAUCUACUUCAUGGUGACCAGGAAGAAUCCAGCCACGUUCUUCAAGGGCAUGGUACAGGCCUGGAUCACGGCACUUGGUACAGGCUCCAGCUCAGCCACUCUGCCCAUCACUUUCCGCUGCCUGGAGGAGAACAACAAGAUCGACAAGCGAGUGACGAGGUUCGUGUUGCCAGUGGGCGCCACCAUCAACAUGGACGGCACGGCGCUGUACGAGGCUGUGGGCUCCAUCUUUAUUGCCCAAAUGUAUGGCAUCCACCUGGGCCCCGGGGAGCUGGUCACCGUCAGCUUGACGUCCACCUUGGCGAGUAUUGGAGCUGCGAGUAUCCCCAGCGCUGGACUGGUCACCAUGUUACUUGUCCUCACAGCCAUUGGUCUCCCUACAGAACACGCCUCCCUCAUCUUCGCUGUCGACUGGAUCCUGGAUCGUGUCCGCACGUCUGUCAACGUCCUGGGUGAUGCUUUCGGCGCCGGGAUCGUGAUGCAUCUAUGCAGAGAGGAGCUGGAGCGAAUGGGACCUUCCCAACCAUCCAUCGAAAUGCUGGACAGGGUAGAGUCUGGCAUGAUACCCACCCACACCCCGCGAGCCGUCUCACCCCAGCCUACCCCAGUAUCCCCGGACACACCCAAGGAUCUGAUGGCUCUGACAGACAAGGGAAACGGCCAGCUGUCAUGGGGCAACAAUCCAGAUAAGAGCCCCACUUCUGAGACCCAGAUUUAGACCAGAGGAGACCGAUCUAGACCAAAAGAGAGACCGAUCUAGACCAAAAGAGAGACCGAUCUAGACCAAAAGAGAGAUCGAUCUAGACCAAAAGAGAGACCGAUCUAGACCAAAAGAGAGACUGAUCUAGACCAAAAGAGAGACCGAUCUCGACCAAAAGAGAGACCGAUCUAAACCCAAAGGGAGACCGAUCUAAACCAGAAGAGACCGAUCCGGGUCUUCUGCUGGUGGCUGAUUGAGUACUGUGGAUAAUUGUAUUUAGCUGUGUCUUAACUCAGAGUGUGAGGUCAUAUGUGUUGUCGAAUGAUGCGAAAAGAAAAAAAUUAAUUAUGUCAUAACAAUAUGACAUAACCCUUGACGAUCUCACGAUAUAUAUAUAUAUAUAUAUAUAUAUAUAUAUAUAUAUAUAUAUAUAUAUAUAUAUAUAUAUAUAUAUAUAUAUAUAUAUAUAUAUAUAUAUAUAUAUAUAUAUAUAUAUAUAUAUAUAAUGCUUAUAACGACCCCUCAGUUAUUACAAAAAUAUAGGUAUACUGUAUGGUGUGUUUCGUAGUGAGUGGUUACGGCAGUGAGGGAAUUUAACCCCGCUAGUUUUUCUUUUGGUCAGUGAGGACAAUACACUGAUGGUGUAACACUGUGUAGACUCUUUGUGUUAAUACUCACUACACCUGACUCGUAACAUCCGCACAUAUAAAAAGAUUAUAUCCAUCCAAAAUGUCUAUCGGGUAUAAUCGUCCAUAAUAAAAUGUUGUCUUGAGCGAGAAGACGGUACAGUAGUGCUGGUGGUCCCGGACCCGGGGUGUAUUAUCUAACUGAAGCGUUGAUGGAGCAUACCAGCGGUGGGACGAUGCUGCCUGUCACCAAGACUGCCACCAGUCACGCCAGGAGAGUGCCACCUGUCACGCCAGGCCAGUGCCACCUGUCACGCCAGGCCAGUGCCACCUGUCGUGCCAGGAAAUUGCCGCCUGUCACACCGAGACAGUGAUGCCUGUCACAUCAGGAUAGUGCUGAUGGUCACACCAGGACAGUGCUGCCUGCCAUACCAGGACAGUGCUGCCUGACCCACACGAGACCAAGAUUCACUCUCCGCAUUAGACCAACCCUCACUACCUACCCAACUGGCCCUUGUGUUACAAUAAUGAACAUAAUCACAGACGUCGGUGACCGAGUAAAAGACUGUACAUAUAUAAUUAAAUUUAACUCGUAUUUAUUAUCGGCAAAUAUAUACAAACUUACCAAUAUAAAAUUACUCAUCGAUUCUUUCUCGUAUCUAUAAAGUUUCACGAGUAGUUUAGUCUUGUAGUAUGAACAUUAGUGUACACAUCACGUUUAGCUUAAGUUUCAAGGUAUCCCACAAGGCUCGGCCAUCCUAGAAGCAAAGCAUAACCAUUUCAAACACAAUGAGCUCAAAAUACUGUUCUAAGUACUGUAAUUCGACCUUACCAUUUUAAUGCUUAGAAAAAUCUUGACUAUUUAUUGUCUUCCUACCUUGAGAGAGCUUCUGUUUCCUGGAUAACACUUAAUCGUACUAUGACUAUUUUAAAGCUGAACCUUCACCAGUAUAUUCACUGAUUAAAAACUACGCCCAUGUAACAAUAAAUGUAAUAAAGCAA